AUGUCCGUUCCGCCAACGAGUCCGUUACGACCGUACUACGUCCCUCCAUCCGACUACCCCUUCCCCGACCUCGAGCUCUCCAAUCCGUCGAAUGGUACUUCCUCAUCCUCACUGCUCAACAGCCUGGGCGAGGAGUAUGGUGAUUACCUCGAAGAACCAGACAUGAAGGAAUUAUUCAUGGGAUUACUCAACGCGGGUGUCGUACGAUACUUUUCGACGAUGGUUAGCCAACCGUUCGAGGUUGCGAAGAUGUUGAUGCAGGUUCAGCAUGGAUCGGCUUCCGUCCCCGCUGAAGCGAAGGAAGAGAAGGAGAGUGGGAAUUAUGAUGAUGAAGAUGAGACCGGCUCGCAAACUUCGGACGACUCAAAUCCCCCAUACUUCUCUUCCUCCUCCCCACCAGACUCACCCCGCAUCCCACCAACCCCCCUCUCCCCCCUCCCCACAGACCGAACAGGAUACAUCCUCACCCCCUCCACCAACUCCCCCUCCCACCAUCUCCCUCCCCAAACCGGCUCCCUUCGCUCCGUAAUAAGCGCCCUGUGGAGUCUGGAAGGCGCACGCGGCGUCUUCAAAGGAUUGAACGCGCAAUUCGUUCAUAGUGUUGCGCAAGACAUGAUCGAAGCCUGGGUCGAGAGUGCGCUGGGUGGGUUGGCGGGGGUUGUUGAUGUUGGGAUGGUGGAUGUUGCUGAUUCGAUGAGUCCGACGGCGAGUUUGUUGACGAGUCUUGCGGCGUGUGGGAUUACGGCCCUCAUCCUUUCUCCGAUCGAUAUCGCGAAAACUCGAUUAAUGACAACCCCCGCCACCACAUCCCCCCGCUCUCUCCUCCCAGCCCUCCGCCAACUCCCCACCUACCACAUCCCCACCCCCCUCCUCCUCCCAACCCUCCUCCACUCCCUCCUCCCCCGUACAAUCUCCCUAACAGCCCCCCUCUUCAUCCGCCGCCGCCUCGGUAUCGAUCCAAUCCUCUCCCCCCUCUCCUACAGUAUCCUCUCCUUCCUCGGUUCCUCGAUCGAACUUGCAGUUCGAUUGCCGCUCGAGACGAUUUUGCGGAGGGGACAAGUGUGGGUUGCGGGUGCGAACACGACGAUUGUGAGGAGGGGAAGGUAUGCGGGGGUAUUGGGGACUACGUGGAUUAUCUUGAGAGAGGAGGAUGGGGUUAGGGGGUUGUGGAGGGGGUGGAGGAUGGGGAUGGUUGGGUUGGGGGUUGGGUAUUUGGGGGUUUUGGGGAGUGAGGAUGAGGUUUUGGAGGAUGAGUUUUAG